GUUUCGGUCUGUGCUGUGAAGUGUUGAUUCGCAUGCGCUUUCCAACACACUUCAAAUUCGCAUAAAAGCGAAACUUGUUUCUUCCUUUAACAAAGUGAUAUCUGCCUGAUAGGAUAUAGGAUAGAAAGCCGAGAUGUCCGACGAGACCAACACCGCGGCGUGGGAUGACUCCCUGCUGGUGAAGACGUACGAUGAGUCGGUGGGACUGGCCCGCGAAGCUCUGGCCCGGCGCCUCGCCGAUUCCACCAACAAACGCGAGGAAGAGAACGCAGCUGCAGCCGAGGAAGAAGCUGGCGAGAUCUCGGCCACUGGUGGGGCUACCAGCCCGGAACCGGUGUCUUUCAAGGUGGGCGACUACGCCAGGGCCACCUACGUGGAUGGUGUGGACUACGAGGGCGCUGUGGUGUCUAUUAACGAGGAGAAGGGCACCUGCGUACUCCGCUAUUUGGGCUAUGAGAACGAGCAGGAGGUGUUGCUCGUGGACCUCCUGCCGUCCUGGGGCAAGCGGGUGCGUCGCGAGCAGUUCCUCGUCGCCAAGAAGGAUGAGGACGAGCAGUUGAGCCGCCCCAAGGCCUCCGCUGGUAGUCAUUCAAAGACUCCCAAGUCAUCCAGAAGGAGCAGGAUCUCUGGCGGACUGGUUAUGCCGCCCAUGCCACCAGUACCGCCCAUGAUUGCCGGACAAGGCGACGGCGCCGAACAGGACUUCGUGGCCAUGCUCACCGCCUGGUACAUGUCCGGCUAUUAUACGGGCCUCUACCAGGGAAAGAAAGAAGCCAGCACCACUAGCGCCAAGAAGAAGACACCCAAGAAGUAAUUCCAUCUCACCUCAUCAUCACAUCACAUCUUUUCGAAAGACUUGUAGAUAUUAAGAGAACAGAACGAUUAAAUUUGUUAUGUUAAA